CAUGGCUCUCAUUAAUGGCGGACUGGUUCCCGACAGCCCGUUCUUUAAGAUGGGGAGAGAGGCUAAAGGACCCGACUACCUUCUCCCUUCCUCAAUGAAUCCCUUUCUCUCUGACUCCCAUAUAUAUUCGGAAGGCUCACAUCAGUUGCCAUGCCUGCUAUUGGCUGUUGCGCUUGCUUGCGAAACGUGUCGAUGGCUUUCGCCAUAGCUCGCUUCCAAAUGGCUCUCCUCCUCAAGAUCCUUCUCUUCUGGAGUGUUUUCAAAGCAAGUGAAGGCUACCAUGGCGAUCUCAAGUACUCGUUCAUGCGCCCAGCCACGAGCCUAGCCUACACCCCACUGAACCGGACCUACGACUACAUCAUAGUGGGCGGCGGCACGGCCGGCUGCCCGCUCGCCGCCACCCUGUCCCGCAACUUCAGCGUGCUGCUGCUAGAGCGCGGCGGCUCGCCUUAUGGCGACCUGAACGUCUCGCGAAUGGAGAACUUCCACAUUUGCCUCACCAAUACCGUGCCACGUGCGCCGGCCGAGGUGUUCGUGUCGACGGACGGGGUGAUCAAUUCCCGGGCCCGCGUCCUCGGCGGCGGCAGCAGCAUCAAUGCCGGGUUCUACACCCGGGCCAGCCCGAACUACGUGAAGAGGGCCGGUUGGGACGGAGCCCUGGUCAAUGAGUCCUACCCCUGGAUUGAACGACAGAUAGUGUACCAGCCCAAGCUCGCUCCGUGGCAGGCGGCGGUCAGGGACGGCCUGCUGGAGGCCGGUGUUUCGCCCUUCAAUGGUUUUACCUUCGACCAUGUGUUUGGUACUAAGGUGGGAGGCACCAUCUUCGACCGCCAGGGUUUCCGGCACACCGCAGCCGACCUCCUCCAGUCUGCAGACCCGGAGAACGUGGAAGUCAUAAUCCGAGCAACUGUGCAGAAGGUCCUCUUCCGCUCGCACAUUGGGAAGAAGAAGAAACCCAGAGCAGUGGGAGUGAUCUUCAGGGAUGAGGAGGCAAGGGAAUACGAAGUGCAGGCUAAAGAGGAGGUGAUUGUGACGGCCGGCGCGAUCGGCAGCCCGCAACUGCUCAUGUUGAGCGGCAUUGGGCCGGAGAGGGAGCUGAAGAAGUGGAAGAUACCGGUGGUGCUGAAGCAGGAGCAGGUGGGGCAAGGCAUGUCUGAUAACCCAAUGAACGCCAUCUAUAUACCCACCAAGAAGCCUGUGGUGCAAUCCUUGAUACAGACCGUGGGCAUAACCAAGCUGGGCUCGUUUGUAGAGGCCAGCAGUGGGUUCGGUGGCACAGAGAACAGCAUUCAUUGCCAUCACGGCAUCUUGUCAGCAGAGAUUGGACAGCUCUCAACUAUUCCUCCAAAGAAAAGGAGCCUAGAUGCCAUCGAGGAGUACAGGAGGAACAAAAGGGAUUUCCCAAAGGAGACCUUCAUGGGAGGAUUCUUACUAGAGAAAAUAGUGGGUCCUCUGUCCAAAGGCCACUUGAGCCUGAAUGGCACCGAUGUGGACAAAUUGCCCGCAGUGACCUUCAACUACUUCCAGCACCCUAGAGAUCUUCAGCGCUGUGUCAAUGGCAUCCGCACGAUCGAACGGAUCGUGAAGUCAAAGCGGUUCGCCGACUUCACUCAGGAUAAUGAGUACACAAUCCAGAUGAUUCUGAACAUGAGUGUCAAGGCCAACAUCAACUUUAUCCCCAAGAACACUAAUGACACGACAUCGCUUGAACAGUUCUGCAGAGACACAGUCCUUACAAUCUGGCACUACCAUGGUGGAUGCCAGAUGAACAAGGUGGUAGACAAGAACUACAGAGUGAUGGGAGUGGAGGGGCUCAGAGUGGUGGACGGGUCGACCUUCCACUCCUCUCCAGGAACAAAUCCACAGGCAACAGUCAUGAUGCUAGGAAGGUACGUGGGUGUAAAGAUGUUGAGGGAAAGGCUCGGAGGAAGUGCAGGUGUUUGAGAAGGUCCAACGAUGUGGCGAACAGUGUAGUUCGGUAGCGUAUGGGAUGAAGAAACAAGAAAUCCCACGAUUUUAUUGUUAUGGUAUAAUGCAAAUGAUUGAUGUAGCGUCAGAUAGUGUGGGAUUGGCUCUACAAUAAAUGUAGAAAGUUCGAUCGAGGA